GAAAUGAAUGUGCUGACUGCUGACUCCUUUGACCCGCUGCAAGUGGGCUCCAGUUGUCGUCGGAGAAAAAAUGUACUCCCGGCUCAUUUUUCACCUAUAAAAUACGGCCCACCAAACACACCCUUCUUUCAUUUUUCACCAUCGUCAGCCUGCCGAUCUCUCUCCUCUCCCUCCUUUCCAUUGGCUUCCUGCUCUGUGAAGAAUAUUAUACACACACCUCCCAAUCUCCGAUCCCCAGGAUGUGCCCGACGACCGGCCUCUUUCGCCUCGGCGAAACCUCUAAUAAGCCCUCCACCUUGCGCUCCGCAUUCCAAGUGCUCGACGUCGACCACGACGGCAAGAUCAGCCGCCGCGACCUCCUAACCUUCUACGCCGACUUCUCCGUCGCCGGUCCGUCGUCGGAAGACGACCUUGUUGGAGCCAUGAUCUCCGUCGCGGAUCUGAACAAGGACGGAUUCGUGGAGUACGAGGAAUUCGAGAGGGUGGUGGCCGGCAGCCCUCAGGUGAAGAAUGAGGUGAUGGAGGAGGUUUUCAAAGCGAUGGAUAGAGAUGGUGACGGCCAGGUUGGGCUCCAGGACCUUAAGACUUACCUCAAUUUCGCCGGCCUUCCCGCCGACGAUGAAGACCUCAAGGCCAUGAUCAAGUUGGGCGGUGGCGAUGAUAACCGCGGCGGCGGCGGCGGUGUGACCUUCCAAGGUUUUUGCAACAUUUUGGCUCUCAGUGGCUGUUGAUGAUGGCGACAAUUAAAUAAGCUCUUAAAUUUUGUUCAUGUUGUUUUACUACUUUUCUCUUUGUUUUUUCUUAUUUUUAUUAAUAUUAACCAUUUAUGGUAAAAUAAUACAAUCAUGUCACAUUUUGUUUUAUGAAGUGAGAAAUUAAUUUAAGUAAAAUUUGCACGAUUUU